UUUCUUAUUUAAUUUUCAUUUUCCAUUUUUGCACACGACACUAGCUCUCCACCUUCUCUCUCUUUACUUUAUAUUUUCACAUUUGUAUUAUGCCCAGCGCAUCCAACACCAAAACAGAAGACCAGAAAAUGAGCGGCAAAUCCAACGACAGCCACCGUUACGUCCAUGCUCUCAACGAGCUUGACGAUGUCAACAUUGCGCGCAUCCGCCCUCUCAUCCCGCCCCAGAUCCUCAUGGAGGACCUGCCUCUGACUGAGUCCGCUGCCGCCACAAUUGUCAAGGGCCGUAAGGCGGCUGAAGCAAUCAUCCAGGGCGAGGACGAUCGUCUUCUGGUCAUCGUCGGCCCCUGCUCGAUCCACAACCCGACCGCAGCCCUGGAGUACGCUGAUCUCCUGAGCGCCUAUGCCGAGACCUCCUCCGAGGACCUGUGCAUCGUCAUGCGCGUGUACUUUGAGAAGCCUCGCACGACGGUCGGCUGGAAGGGCCUGAUCAACGACCCCGACCUCAACAACAACUACGCGAUCAACAAGGGCCUGCGCAAGGCCCGCACGUUGCUUCUGGACAUCUCCGAGAAGGGAUUGCCGGCUGGAUGCGAGCUGCUGGAUACCAUCUCACCGCAGUACAUUGGAGAUCUCAUCAGCUGGGGUGCCAUUGGCGCGCGCACCACCGAGUCGCAGGUGCACCGCGAGCUGUCAUCGGGUAUGUCGGUGCCCAUUGGAUUCAAGAACGGCACCGACGGCAACGUCAAGAUUGCUGUGGACGCGAUCAAGUCGGCAGAGUCGCCCCACUGCUUCCUGUCGGUGACCAAGCAGGGCCUCAGCGCCAUUGUUGAGACGCAGGGUAACAAGCACUGCCACAUUAUCCUCCGCGGUGGCGCCGAAGGGCCCAACUACGAGGAGAAGUAUGUCGACAACUAUGUCGCGCAGCUGACCAAGGCUGGUGUCAACGCGCGCCUGAUGGUUGACUGCAGCCAUGGCAACAGCUCGAAGGACUUCCGGAAGCAGCCCAUUGUCUCGGACAGCAUCGCGCACCAACUCAGCGCCACAGAGUCAGGCAAGAACAUUGUUGGCGUGAUGAUUGAGAGCAACCUGGUCGAGGGCAACCAGAACAUCCCCGAGGACGGCGAUCUGUCCAACCUGGUGUACGGCAAGAGCAUCACCGACGCGUGCGUCAACUGGGAUGACACGGUCAAGAUGCUGGACAACCUGCGCGAGGCCGUGUGCAACCGCCGCAGAAGAGCUGCUGUCGCUGCCUCUAAUUAGGGUGGACAUUUUCUGUUUCUACGUUUUGUUUAUUUUUAACUUUUUCAAACGACUAGUCAUUAUCACCCGCUCGCUUUGCUCGCUGAUUACUCAGACUGUUAAUCGAGAAUGGGUUCAAAUAUGUAAGAAUAUG